CAAUUUUGUCUGACUAUAAGAAUAGAAAAAAAAAGGGUAAAUUCUGUGCUACAGACGCUGAAAAAUGCCACGAGUCUCUUAGAGGAAGGCGAGAGUUGGAUCAAGACUUACUUGCUCAACAAAUAAGAAUAUUUUCACCAACAAUAACGAACGCAACUCAACGAGUAAUGGAUGGUUCUUGGCGAUAUGGUUUGGUUUUCUUGGUGGUUUUAUCUUUGUUUCUAUUUUUGACGGAUCAAACGUCUGCCAUACGUUACGCAGGAGAACCAGUAGAAUGCGAUGCAAUGGAACUGGAAAAAGUGGGAUGCUUUACUGACGACCAGCAGGUUCCACGUCCACUGCCCAAGAUGCUUUUCACUAACGUUAAUGAAACAAGCCCGUAUUUCUCUGGAGUAAAAGUGAAUGAACCAGACCCUGAUAGUUACAUGAUUAACCUGAUCUGUAUUUGUGCACAAGAAGCGUUGUACAAAGGGUAUAACAUGUUUGGACUGCAGCACUACGGUGAAUGCUGGUCAGGAAGAAACAUAAUCACAUUUCAGAAUUUUAACCGAAACGGACCUUCUACUCACUGCAUAACAUGGAAAGGAAAGCCAUGUAAGAAAGGACUGGACUGCAUUGGUGAAGACAACACUAACUUUGUGUAUAAAGUCAAAGAUAAACCACUACCAACGAGUUCUGCAACAAGCACUGCGAAAAGCACAGGAAGCCCAACUCAACCUUCCUCGAAACCUUUGACAACCAAGAAAAUAGCAAAACCAACAAAAAAUGUCCCGUUCCACACUCCUUCGGGAGCUGCCACCAGUACUCCCAAGAGCACAGGGAGCCCAACUAAACCUUCUUCGAAACCCUCGACAACCACAGCAAAACCAGCAAAAAGCUUCCCGCCCCCUUCUCCUUCGGGAUCUGGUACAAGUACUGCAAAAAGCACAGGGAGCCCAACUAAACCUUCUUCGAAACCCUCAACAACCACAGCAAAACCAGCAAAAAGAUUCCCGUCCCCUUCUCCUUCGGGAUCUGGUACAAGUACUGCAAAAAGCACAGGGAGCCAAACUAAACCUUCUUCGAGACCCUCGGCAACGACAGCAAAACCAGCAAAAAGUUUCCCCUUCCAUUUUCCUUCGGGAUCUAGCAUACCUUAUGUACCAAUACCAUACCAGAUGCCAUCUUACCAAGUACCCCAAUCCAUCACAUACCCAACAUGUCCUGUGUUUUCUUGCCCUACUACAUGCUAUCCUGCUUGUACUAUUGCAUGUUGCCGCUCUAAACUUACCAGGAAGACCAAAGCCAAGAGUCACCAUAAACGAGCGGUUUUGGCUAAUCUAAACGAGGCCCAAGGUUUUUAAACAUAAUGCAUUGUGGUCUAGCUUGGGUAUAAAUAAUGAAUGGACCUUUAGCACGUGGCUGCCAUGUUAACUGGAACAAUAGAUUUCCUCCACGUUGCCUCGCAUUCAAGCGAAAUUCAGGAUUAUGUAAAGCGUGAUUAAACAAAUAUUUUUAUUUUAAAGCCAAUAAAACGUUUGCAUGAUGGCGCUAUUUGAGUCCUAUCACUUAUUCAUAAUUCAUUGAGAAUAUUAAGAAAAUUGGUGGUAAUUAACUGAACAAAAAAGUGUGCAAGGGACUCUGGUAGUUGUAGUCAAAUAACGCCAUUAUGAAAACGUCUUGCUAAGGAAUGAUAAGGUCCAUAUACCAUAGUUGGAAAAUGUUUGUACUCAAGCUAGACCACAAUGCACCAUGUUCGCUAUCUCUGAAAAGGCCUAUGCGUAAAUAAUGAUUAACUUGUGUAAGAAUAAUAAUAAGUGGUUUUCGAUGUAAGUUUUUGAAUGACUCUCUCUUUGAAGAUCGCUGCUGAAAAUUCUUAAUAAAAAUAAUAAUGGUAA